AAGAGAAGAAAAAAACAAUCGUUAUUUCUCGUUGUAUUCUCUUCGAUGAUGACAUGAAAACCGUGAGAAGGUGCCAGAGAUUCUGUGGCAAUGCUGCCAUCCAUUUUAGGAAAUUAACAGUUCUUGCUGAGUCCGAACCAGAUUUCUUAGAAUCGAAACAAGUUCUUCAUGCGGAUGCGGAUAAGGAUGCUACUCGUGUUUCAAAUCUGCACUAUCUUGUGCAGUUAUAUGCUAAAAUAAGAUCAUCCAUGGCAGGAAGGGCAUGCCAUGCUUAUGCUAUUCGUAUUGGAUUGGAAUUCGACGUUUUAACUUCAAAUAUGAUCAUUAACAUGUACUCCAAAUGUGGUUUAGUUGAUGAUGCUCGCCAAGUGUUCGAUGAAAUGCCGGUGAGAAGCUUGGUUUCGUGGAACACAAUUAUUGGAGCACUUACCCAGAAUGCAGAGAAUCAAGAACCUCUCUUACUUUUUAUUCAAAUGCAAAGAGACGGAACCCCUUUCAAUGAGUUUACCAUUUCCAGUGUUGUAUGCGCAUGUGCCUUGAAUUGUGCCACUCUCGAAUGCAUGCAACUGCAUGCUUUUUCAAUUAAGGCUGCCGUAGAUUCAAAUUGUUUUGUUGGAACUGCUUUAGUUGAUGUCUAUGCCAAGUGCUCUUCAAUUGAAGACGCAAGCCGAGUGUUUGAGAGUAUGCCCGAAACUAAUGCUGUUACGUGGAGUUCAAUGUUAGCAGGAUAUGUUAAAAAUGGUUUAUUUGAGGAAGCCUUGCUGCUUUUUCGUAAUGCUCAGCUUAUCGGUUUUGAUAAGGACCCAUUUAUGGUUUCUUCUGCUAUCUGUGCUUGUGCAGGUAUGGCAACUUUGAUUGAAGGAAAACAAGUGCAUGCUAUCUCAUGGAAAUCUGGAUUUGGUUCAAACGUAUAUGUUGCUUCCUCCCUUGUAGACAUGUAUGCUAAAUGCGGCUGCAUAAGGGAAGCUUCCCUUGUGUUUCAAGGAGUGGAGCUGAGAAGUAAGGUUUUAUGGAAUGCCAUGAUUUCAGGGUUUGCUAAGCAUGCUUGUGCACUAGAGGCCCGGAUCAUAUUCGAAAAAAUGCAGCAGAGAGGGUUACUUCCUGAUGAAGUUUCUUACGUAUCUGUAUUAAACGCAUGUAGCCAUAUAGGAUUGGUUCACAACGCAUAUGACUUGAUUCAGAGAAUGCCAUUUGAAGCAACUGCUUCUAUGUGGGGUUCACUCUUAGCCUCAUGUAGAAAUUAUGGCAAUAUUGAGUUUGCUGAGAUUGCAGCCAAGCAUCUAUUUGAAAUGGAACCUAGCAAUGCCGGAAACCAUGUCUUGCUAGCAAACAUCUAUGCAACAAAUAAAAAGUGGGAGGAAGUUGCCAGAGCAAGGAAGCUUCUGAGAGAGAGUGAUCUUCGAAAGGAGAGGGGUUCGAGCUGGAUUGAAAUAAAGAACAAGGUUCAUUCGUUCACCGUUGGUGAAAGAAACCAUCCACAAAUGAAUAUGAUUUAUGAUUAUUUGGAUAAUUUGGUAGAGGAGUUAAAGAAGCUAAAUUACAAGGUUGAUACCAACCAUGAUCUGCAUGAUGUAGAUGAGAACAGGAAACAGAUGCUUUUGAAGCAUCACAGUGAGAAACUUGCUGUUUCCUAUGGAUUGAUGUCUUUACCUAGUGAUAUAGAUAUACCAAUAAGGAUUAUGAAAAACCUAAGAAUUUGUGGCGAUUGCCACAAUUUUAUGAAACUUGUGUCUAAGUUUACUAGUAGGGAGAUCAUUGUUCGAGAUACAAACCGCUUUCACCACUUUAAAGAUGGCUGCUGUUCUUGUGGGGAGUUUUGGUGAACUUCUUCACUCAUGAGGAACCAGAACCAAUGUGUAGAAUCCAAGGUAUCCAAAAUGUCUGCCAUGUUAGGUAUUACACACAAAAUUGGUACCUAAAGAAAUCAAAUUGAAGCUUCCCAACAAUCAUUAAUACUAUCAUUAUAAUUCUUCUUCUCAGCACUUUCACCAGUACCAUGUUAUGGGUUCUCUAACUGCCUCAGAAGCUGAAGAGAUUGUGCAAAAUGAAGGAAACCUAGCUAUGGGGUUCUGCUGCAUUGCAUCGUCUUGUUAGUGAUGCUCAAGAGAUGGAGAAAAAGGGAACUUGUUGCGACGAAAGAAGAAAGCAGGAGAGCGACGACUACAAAUUGCAUUCUGAAAAUUUAAGAAUUCGGUGGGUACAUUUGCAAAAUCAUAAAUUCACGGGCUAAAAUGUGUUGCCUAAAAUUUAAAGGUCUUGAAUGAAAUUUUUUCAGUGUCUUUUUUUUUCCCGACUGUUUGUAAGUAAAACUCUCGACUCCAAAAGGGAGAUUAGGUCAACUCUUGGUGCUUCCAGGACUACAAAUCAAGAGAUCACAAGAAGUCACGCUCAAAAAAACUAAAACAGAAAUUAAUACAAAAAAAUACGCCGACACAACAUCAUAAACAACACAAAAGCAAAAAUCCUAACCAAAUUAAUA